CUACUAGUGGAGGUGGGAGUUGACAAGUGAGGAGCAGAAUUGAGAAUUUGGAGUGGAGGGUUGCCGAACAGGCCCAGCGUCACCGCCGACGCCUCGACCCCGCAGCCCCGCUCCUGCUCGCCGAGCCCUCCCUCUCCGGAUCUCCAGCCAUGUACGGCGGCGACGAGGUCUCGGCGAUCGUCAUCGACGUGGGCUCCUACAGCUGCAAGGCGGGCUACGCUGGCGACGACACCCCCAAAUGCGUCUUCCCCUCGGUUGUUGGUUCAAUUGAACAAACGGGAGAUGCUGAUGAAGCUAAACCAGAAAAGGAGGCCGACUCUGGAUCAGAUCCUAAGAAUGGAUCCAAGCCUAUGGAUGUGGACAAAGCCAAGACAAAGCGCAAAUUUUAUCUAGGCCAAGAAUUAGAAUUCAGGAGGGAUCAUAUGGAGGUGAUCUCACCGAUGAAAGAUGGAACAGUUACUGAUUGGGAAGUUGUUGACAACAUAUGGAAUCAUGCUUUUAGACGGCGGCUAUUGAUCAAUCCUGAAGAGCAUCCUAUGCUGAUAGCAGAACCUUCUACAAACAGUGGACAACAAAGAGAGAAAGCAGCAGAAGUUAUGUUUGAGAAGUACAAAGUGCCAGCGCUGUUCCUAGCAAAAAAUGCAGUUCUCACAUCUUUUGCAUCUGGACGUGCUACGUCUCUGGUGGUUGACUGUGGUGGCGGGUCUACUGUGGUUUCUGCUGUGCAUGAUGGUUAUGUGUUGCAAAAGUCUGUGGCAACUUCUCCAAUUGGUGGUGAAUUUUUAACUGAUUGUAUGAUGAAAAGCUUGGAGAGCAAGGGCGUUGUUAUUAGGCCCAAGUAUUCAUUUAAGAAGAAGGAAGUGAGCCCUGGAGAUUAUAAGGUUGUAGAUCUUGAUUUUCCGAACACGACCGAGAGUUACAGGUUAUACUGCAUGAGAGCCAUCGCUGGCGACAUCAAAGAGUCAGUUUGCAGAGUUCCAGAUACCCCCUUUGAUGAAGUGGCAUAUGCAAAUGUUCCUACAACUUCAUAUGAGCUUCCAGAUGGGCAAACUAUUGAAGUUGGUGCAGAUAGAUUUAAGAUCCCUGACAUUUUGUUCAACCCAUAUCUUUCCCAGACUAUUCCUGGAGUCGAUGGAUUUGGAGAUUCCACUUCAAUUCGUGGACUUCCACGAAUGGUCCUUGACAGUAUAAACAGAUGUGAUGUUGAUAUUCGCAAGGAACUACUCAGCAACAUCUUGCUUUCUGGUGGCUCGUCAUCAAUUCUGCAGUUAAAGGAGCGCCUAGAAAAAGAAGUACUGGAGGAGUCCCCUCAAAAUGCUCGCAUAAAGGUUUUGGCAAGUGGAAGUUCAAUGGAGAGGCGUUUCAGUGUUUGGAUUGGAGGGAGCAUUCUUGCAUCUCUCGGGUCGUUCCAGCAAAUGUGGUUCUCCAAAGCAGAGUACGAGGAGCAUGGCGUUUCUUAUAUCCAGAGGAAAUGCCCAUGAACAUCUAAGCUUUUCUGCUGCCGAAAGAUGUAGUAUGUGGGCAACUGCAACAUGCUGCCUGAGCUAAGCUUUGUGCUGCCGAAAGAUGCAGUAUGUGGGCAACAGUUAGAUGCACCUUGCUAUCUGGGGAUGUUUAUUCUUGUAAUUGACUAAAUUAGUUUUGAGGCCUGCUCAUCUUGUGAUUGACUAAAUUAGUUUUGAGGCCUGCUCAGUGCCAGCUCAACUGAUACUUUGCCAUUGAUAGUAGAUAGUAGCAAUUAUUCAUGUGCUGAUUUUUAAA